AUGGAGUCAAGAUUGGGGUCAGCUUCAUGCACAGAGCCUCCUCCGGCUUUAGAGGUGAGCAGCCCCCCCUCCCAGCCCCCACAGCCCGUCAUCCCUGCCAAGCCCGUGCAGUGUGUCCACCACGUGUCCUCCCAGCCCAGCUGCCCGGGCCGGGGCAAGAUGUCCAAGCUGCUGAACCCGGAGGAGAUGACCUCGAGGGAUUACUACUUCGACUCCUACGCCCACUUCGGUAUCCAUGAGGAGAUGCUGAAGGACGAGGUGCGGACGCUCACGUACCGGAACUCCAUGUACCACAACAAGCACGUGUUCAAGGACAAGGUGGUGCUGGACGUCGGAAGCGGCACUGGGAUCCUCUCCAUGUUUGCUGCCAAAGCGGGGGCCAAGAAGGUGUUUGGGAUCGAAUGCUCCAGUAUUUCGGACUACUCAGAGAAGAUCAUUAAGGCCAACCACUUGGACAACAUCAUCACCAUCUUUAAGGGGAAGGUGGAGGAGGUGGAGCUGCCCGUGGAGAAGGUGGACAUCAUCAUCAGCGAGUGGAUGGGCUACUGCCUGUUCUACGAGUCGAUGCUCAACACGGUGAUCUUCGCCAGGGACAAGUGGCUGAAACCUGGAGGGCUUAUGUUUCCAGACCGGGCAGCUUUGUACGUGGUAGCAAUUGAGGACAGACAGUACAAGGACUUCAAAAUCCACUGGUGGGAGAAUGUCUACGGCUUUGACAUGACCUGCAUCCGGGAUGUUGCCAUGAAGGAACCCUUGGUGGACAUCGUGGACCCAAAGCAAGUGGUGACCAACGCCUGUUUAAUAAAGGAGGUGGACAUCUACACGGUGAAGACGGAGGAGCUGUCCUUCACGUCUGCCUUCUGCCUGCAGAUACAGCGCAAUGACUACAUCCACGCCCUGGUCACCUACUUCAACAUCGAAUUUACCAAGUGCCACAAGAAGAUGGGGUUUUCCACAGCCCCCGACGCCCCCUACACCCACUGGAAGCAGACUGUCUUCUACUUGGAAGAUUACCUCACUGUCCGGAGAGGGGAAGAAAUCUACGGGACCAUAUCCAUGAAGCCAAAUGCCAAAAACGUGCGAGACCUCGAUUUCACAGUAGACUUGGAUUUUAAGGGACAGCUGUGCGAAACAUCUGUAUCUAAUUACUACAAAAUGCGUUAGCACACGUGGGAGGCUGCCGGGAGCGGGCGAGAGCAGAAACUCACCUCCGUCUGCGGCGCUGCCCCGGGGACCCUGUUUGCAGGACUACACGCUCAAAACUGGAGUCUGAAACCCUGCCCUCGAGAUUGGUGAACUCACCGGCCUCCCGGGGGCCCGCCACUGGACAGAGGGCCCCCAGCUCCUCCGCUCUGCCCAGGGGGCCCUUCUCACAGGCUCUGUCAUCGGACAGAGAGCCGCGGGCGGCGCGGCAGCUGGGCCCCGGUGGGGGAGCCCACACGUGCCCCCUCGCCCCCUAACUGUGACUCUCUGGGAUCUUCAGGUUUUGCAUGCUGCAGGCACCUAGGACAGACUGCUUCCCUAGAACCUGGAGACAUAGUGUCUGAUAGCGCAAGCCGGACUCCCCCGUGUGCGCGGCGGUGCGUGCGUGUGCGUGUGUGUGUGCGGGGCCGGCAGGCCUAGCAGUUUAUUUAAGCGGCACACCGGUUUGUGCGUGCCUAGAGGGCCGAGUGGGUUGUCUGUGUGUCUCCAGGGGUGUGUGUGCGCGUGUGUGCGUGCGUGUGCGUAGACAUCUAUUGCUCUCAGAGGAGAUUCUGUUGCUUUCGAGUAGGACUUUGUUUUGUGAUUAGUUCUCCCUCCCCCACCCCGUCCCGGGUGUUAAGCUGCUGUGAGACGUUCUCUGUACUAGCUCCGGUCUCCUUUUGACUAGACUGUGGCUCUGAACCCUGAGCAUAGUACCGUGCCCUCCAUGAGCGCUCAAUAAAUGCACAUGAGA